GCAGUUAGACGGUGCUGAGCUUUUCACUGUGUGCGAGAACAAAGUGAGCAGGUGGUCCUGCAUUGUUACACAUCUGUUCUAUCCAGUGCCACGUGGUACAGCGUCGUGAACCAGCAACCUAAGGGUAGUCAUGGCGAUGACUGGACAGACCACCUCUUACUCCAGCAUGAGCAAUCACACAAAGGAGCGAGUCACCAUUACAAAGGUCACCCUUGAAAACUUCUACAGUAACUUGAUUGCACAGCACGAAGAGAGAGAAAUGAGGCAGAGGAAGUUGGAAAAAGUAAUGGAAGAAGAAGGUCUUGGAGAUGAUGAGAAGAAGAUGAGAAGAUCCCAACAUGCCAGGAAGGAGACGGAGUUCUUACGGCUCAAGAGAACCAGACUGGGGCUGGAUGAUUUUGAAUCUCUCAAGGUCAUAGGUCGGGGUGCAUUUGGAGAGGUGCGCCUCGUACAGAAGAAAGACACAGGUCACAUCUAUGCCAUGAAGAUUUUGCGCAAAUCUGACAUGCUGGAAAAGGAGCAGGUGGGCCACAUCCGUGCAGAGCGAGACAUCCUUGUGGAAGCUGAUAGUCAAUGGGUGGUGAAAAUGUUCUACAGCUUUCAAGACAAACUCAACCUGUACCUGAUUAUGGAGUUCCUCCCGGGAGGGGAUAUGAUGACGCUGCUGAUGAAGAAGGACACACUGAGUGAAGAGGAAACUCAGUUCUACAUUGCAGAGACAGUACUGGCCAUCGACUCCAUCCACCAGAUGGGCUUCAUCCACAGGGACAUCAAACCAGACAAUCUCCUGCUGGACAGCAAGGGUCACGUUAAACUGUCGGACUUUGGCUUGUGCACGGGACUGAAGAAGGCUCAUAGAACAGAAUUCUACCGCAACCUCAGUCACAGUUUGCCCAGCGAUUUCACUUUCCAGAACAUGAACUCAAAGCGAAAAGCAGAAACCUGGAAGAGGAACCGCCGGCAGCUGGCCUUCUCCACUGUGGGCACCCCAGACUACAUCGCACCAGAAGUGUUCAUGCAGACCGGUUACAACAAACUUUGCGACUGGUGGUCACUUGGAGUCAUCAUGUACGAGAUGCUGAUCGGCUACCCACCUUUCUGUUCAGAGACCCCCCAAGAGACGUAUAAGAAAGUGAUGAACUGGAGGGAGACCCUGACAUUCCCACCAGAGGUUCCCAUUUCAGAGAAAGCCAAGGAUUUAAUUCUCAGGUUCUGCUGCGAGUCGGAGACCAGAAUUGGGGCCAAUGGAGUGGAAGAUGUGAAGAGCAACUUCUUCUUUGAAGGUGUUGACUGGGAGCACAUCAGGGAAAGGCCAGCAGCCAUCUCCAUUGAAAUAAAGAGUAUUGACGAUACAUCGAACUUUGAUGAAUUCCCUGAUUCAGACAUCUUACAACCAGGAGUGUCACAGGCAGGGCUAGAAAGUAGUGGUAAGAAGUGUCUGUCCUCAAAGACAGUUGCAGUGAGUAACCACUCAGAGACCGACUACAAGAACAAGGACUGGGUCUUCAUUAACUACACCUACAAACGGUUUGAAGGACUGACUGCCCGUGGAGCCAUUCCUUCCUACAUGAAGUCUGGAAAGUGAUGAACUUUGACCCCAAGGGCUAACGUCACUGCUUUAGUGCCUAUUUUAUCUUAGCAACUUGAUUGGUCCGUUGGUGGAGCCUUACUGCCGAGGAUAGUGACAGUUGUGAAGGACUGAGAAAUUACUCAGAUUUUAUUCCUAAUAUCCAGAUAUCCAUUAUAAUCUCUUCUCGCUGGGCAGCAGAUGCUGAUGUUAGACUCUGUGCAGCCCAGGGCCUCAGGCAGCAGCUAUUUGAAGCGGGUUCAAUGGGAUUCCUACAACACCAAGCCGGCAGUUCUCAAGUCUGUGCCCGUCGCUAGCUGUGUGCCUGACUCUGCUCUGUCCAGUUCAGCUCCUAGUGGCCAAUAGAGCAGACCUUUAUCAGCAAAUGCAUCCAUUCUGGUUGUCCGUGAGGUUACCUUUGCUGUGUGUUCCCUGGUGGCUGAGGCAGGGGUAUGCUCUUUCACUGUCCCUGUAAAUGGUCACGGGAAGGCCUGUGCGUGAUAAUUGUCGGGAUUGUGCAGUCCUGCCUGUUAGUCACUGUGUUGGGCAGCGGGCAGUGUCACAGGGUUCCUGGCGCAUAGCGAUAUGCGAGAGGGGCAGAAAGUAGCCCAGUGAUAGUCCGACAGUGAGGCAGCUGACUGUUGUCUCUCUGCAUGAAGACAGCCAGGGGACGUACAGCUGCCUCACAGCCGCUUAUCGCUGUGCAGUGUCUGUGCCAGCCCUCCCCAUUUCUGUUCAUGAGUGUCCACAGUUGAGCAGACACCAAGGUACUGUUCACAUCAUGUGUUUUUAUCUGUAUUUGGAUGCAUUUAUUAAUUGGGUGGGGUUCAUAAUGAGCUCUGCUGAUUUCACCUUGAUUUCUAAUUAUAUGCAGCUUUAUUAUUUUAAAAGGGGGAAUGUUAGUGAUGGAUCUUGUUUGUAAAUACAGCUGUGUGUUUAUACUUGUGUGGAAGGAGGCGUUGCUGUGGGUAAAGAUGGGUGAUUACAGGCCUGGAUCUCUGCAGGUUGAUGAUUCUCCCUUGAGUCUAUUAUUUCCAAACACCGGCUCCAGGGUACAUAAAGCAAGCUGAACAAUAGUUGCUGCUGCAGAUAAUCCCUCUGGAAGAUACCUCCCUUCCUUCUUUGUUGAUUUGUUUGCCACUUUCUGUCUUGCCUGUGAUUGAACAUCCCAUUCCAGUAUUACUAUAAAAUACAGAAUGUCCAUCACUUUGAGAACUCUCACGCAUUUUCAGGUGCCAUUUCAGUAAACACCCCUCUGUCUCUGUGUGCUAAGAGGGCAAAACAGAGUGAUCCAACAAGCUGGUCCUUGGAGACCAGGUUAUUAUAAUGACUGGCCAGUGAUGAUGGUGGGGUUCAGUCUGGCAGUAAGUUGCUGCCUGGAUCUGCUCAGUGCUAAAAGUUAAUGCUCCGGCCCGGAGUCCCAGAACAGCUGUGCAAACAAACUUGCUUCCUUUAACUUUCCAACAGACUCGCAGUCACCCAGAGUGAUGCUCAUGGUGGGAUCUGUACGUUAUUUUGUGUGAAAGUAUAUUUUGAGUGUUAUAAUGGGGCCUUGUUUUUGCGAGGGAGUGAUGUAACAUAAUUCAGUCCACACUCUUGUCAGUGCAGGCUGCUGUGCUGUGGUUCCCCACCAACUUCCCUGGGGUCGGUCUGCACCAUCACACAGACAGACCUGCUCUGCUGCUCCCUCUUGGAGAUUCCUGACAGAGAAUGCUGAAUCCUAGUUGGUGAGGCUACAACAUUGAUCACAGCCCAAAUUCCAAGUGUUCAGUGCCACGCUCUAUUUGCAGGAUCCCCACUUCCUGUCCAGUAUACAGUUGCUCUGUAGUGGCAGACAGCUUAUUUUGUAGCCUGAUGGCCCUAGAAAGUGAUUGAGAGAAUUUUUUUUUUUAAUUCACUCAUGGGAUGUGGGCAUGGCCCUUGAUGAGCUGCCGCCUUGAAUGGUUGCUGACCAUAUGGACACCCAGCUGUUUGGAAGAGAGCUCCAGAAUGGUUGGAAUGCAUAUGAUUGAAAAUUGACAUUUGCUGAGCUUUAAUGAAUAGCUCGAUGUUUCAAAUCCCAGUUCUGUUCCUAGAUACAAAGUCCUUUGGCUCCAUUAUACUGAGGCGGUGGCUUCUGGCAUUUUGUGUCCUCUCCCCUUUCAGACCCAGUCUUUACUGUACCACAUUCGGAAGCUGAGUAUGUGCAGAACAGGCUGCUCUGGCGCCCAUGCUGCCAGCACUGAGGGAAAUGUUUCAUACAAAUGGGCGCAAGUCACUAACCCAAACUUCAAAACCUCUUAAUGGGACAUGUGCACAUCAGACGAUGGUUUUUAUCCUUGUUUUAAAAACUUGUUUCAGUACCCUAAACUAAUAUUAACAACGUGGAGAUAAGUGCGAAGGUUGCGAUUGUGUUUUGCAAGGAACAGUUAUUUUCAAUACAACAGUGUGGCUGAACAUACUGGUAAAUUUCCCCACCCCUGUAUGUUUAAUGUGAUGAGUAAGAGAGAGGUGUGCGUGCGUGCGUGUGUGUGUGUUGCUUCCCCAAGGUUGAAUAGCUUGCAAAAAUUGAUCUAGCCUCUCUCGUGGCUGCUGGCUAGUUUCGGGAUGUCUGAGGCACGCUGGAGUCCAGUUCUGAUGUAGCUGUGAUAGCCUCAGAAUGUACACCAUUCCUGUCUUCAGUUCCCAGGAGCGGCUAAGUGGCUACAGUAGCCUCUGUGUGGAGUGAGUACCCCUUCUAGUUGGAGGGAGGGCUGUGUGAGAGACUGGGUCAGACUGCCAGUGUUCCUGGGGCUGAGAGAUGUAAAUCCUGGCGUAAGGGUUGUGUAAGUUGCAGUAUUGCUUUUUACAAUGGCCACUUAUUUUGUUUAAAACUGUAUUAUAAAACCGUUUACUUAA